AAUAAAUAGCCAAAAAAUAAAAUAAGUAAUGUAAAAAUACGAUAUUUCAGACCCAAUCUAGAUUAGAUUUAUUUAGUGACAAGGGAUUAAUAAUGCCCCGCUGAUUUCUAAAAAUUCAGUUUGACAGCACACACCACUAUGAGUCAGGAGCAAAUCUAAAUUAAAAUGGGUAGAACAACAAUCUUUCAUACUGGUGUUUUGUUUUAAAAAAAGCUUCUCCCGUGGACGGCAGGAGGGGGAGACACGGAAUAGCUUUUAUGCAAAUCAGCCUGUUCAGCAUGUUUCCAUUGGAGAGCAGCGUGGAGGUGUAGUCUGGAAGGCGUGACUUCGUGUCAGUUCAGCUUUAUGAAGAAAGUGCGCUUCUCCUGAGCUCACAGAGGUGCGUCCAGCGUUCAGGAGUCCUCACAACUCUCAGAUUGGGGGUUCCUCCUCCCGGGCAGGCAGCGCUCAUUAGGUGUGGAAGAUACUUUUUUUUCUCCUUUUUUUUUUUCUUUUUUUUAAUACUUGAUUUUAAAGUUUGGAGGUACUUUCCCUUUUUCUUUUUUGCAAGUGAGGCCCUUUUUUUUCUCCUCUCACUGAAUGAAAUAUAUGUGGCCGCUUGGAGCUGCGUGACGAGGCCACCUUGUUCUAUAUCACAUCCUAAGUUGGAGUGGUGGUAGUAGGGUGGGGGGUCUGCAGAAUACUCCCCAUGGAUUUCGCCAACGACUUUGACUUCAUGAAGUUUGGCGUCAAGAAGGAGACCAUGCAGAGCCUGGACCGCUCCUUCAUCGGGCCGUGCGGCCAGCUGCAGAGACCGGACUCCGUCUCCUCCACCCCGGGCAGCACGCCUUGCAACUCGGUCCCCUCGUCGCCAAACGUCAACCCGAACGAGCAGAGAACCAACCCCGGGAGCGACCAGUUCUGGAUACCAAACAACAACGGCGGGUACCCUCAUCAGAUGUACCCCCAAGCCUUCGGCCUGACGCCCGAGGACGCGAUGGAGGCCCUAAUAGGGGCCACGACGCAGCAGGGACACCCGUCUGCGCCCCACGGCCACCACCCGCAGUCCUACCAGCCGGACUACGACGGCUACGGCCACCUGAGCGACCCCGUCCAGCACUACCCGGGCCUCCCGGGUCACCCCGACAUGCAGGGCAUCCCGGGCAGUCACUGCCAAGACCCCUAUCUGAAAGACGAAAUGGGGAGCGAGUCCCCGGAGUCGCCGGAGGCUCAGCAGGUCCUCGGGGCUCAUCACCAGCUCCAGCAGCCGCAGCACGGCCGCCACGACCGGCGGUCCAACGCGGAGAUGCACUUCUCGGACGAGCAGCUGGUCUCCAUGUCCGUCAGGGAGCUCAACCGGCUGCUGCGGGGCCUGAGCAAGGAGGAGGUGAUGCGGCUGAAGCAGAAGCGCCGGACCCUGAAGAACAGAGGCUACGCGCAGUCGUGCCGCUUCAAGCGCGUGCAGCAGAAGCACAUCCUGGAGCACGAGAAGACGAGCCUGGUGACGCAGGUGGAACAGCUGAAGCACGAACUGAGCAGGCUGGUCCGGGAGAGGGACGCGUACAAACUUAAAUGCGAGAAACUGUCCGGUGCGAACUGCUACCACGAAACCGGCUCCACCAGCGACAACCCUUCCUCACCAGAGUAUUUAAUGUGAGUUAGUCAUUUAAAAAACAACGACGAAAUUCAUCCCCAUCCCAAAUGCAAUGACUGAAAUAAUAGUUUAAAAAACAAAACAACAACAACAAAUGAGAAUGAGUGGGGAGAGGGGGGAUUGCAGUGAUGCAUGCAUGCUGGUCAUGUAUGAGAUGUUUCUUAUUUUAUACUGCCAUAGCUUAUCUGUAUUUUGUCUGAAAGGAAAUACUUGAAAUCAGAUUUGCUUUUAUUAGCAUCCAUGUAAUCAUUUAGUUAAUGGUUAAUUUUUAUUGAGGUGAUUUUUUUUUUCUCUCUGCUUUUUUUAUUGCUCAAAUCAUGGUUUGUGUUUAUGCUUGUUUUUUUGUGUGUGUGGGGGUGAGUUGAGGGGUUUAAUGGGAGAGAGAAUUAAUUACUUAAACAAGUCAUACUCUGUGAAUUGGAUUCUGCUGGACAGUAUCAGCCUUUCUUCCAAAAAAAUAUCUAAUUAUACAAAUAUAUAUGUCGUUUUUUUCCCCCCAUCUAAUAUCUGUUUUUUUUUCUUUGUUUUUUUUUUUUUUUUUUUUGCAUUUAUUUGGAUCAAUAAACCUAAUCUGACAGUUUAACUUUGAGUCUUAUCUGCAGACAAAUCAUUUUCCUGCUACAAACCAUCGCUACCGUGCAAUAGCACCUCACACUCUUCCUCAUCUUUGUCAUCUUGUCAGAUCAGUUUGUCACAGAGAUGCACAGAUUGUUUCUUUUUUUUUUUUUUUUUUUUUUUUUUUUUGCCCAUACCGACUUCCAGUUUUCCUUUGAGGUCUGAUUUGCCAAUAUUGCAGUCUCUUCUGCCGCUACAACAUGACUGAGUAAGUUUAAUUCCACUCAAAAAGUGCAUGAAAGGAAAGAGAAGCUGCUAGUUGAUGCAUUUAUGGAGCAGAAAUGAUGCAGGAUGUAGUUUAUUGUAAGUGUUUUAGCUGUUGGUUAUUGAUUAUUUUCUGCUAAGAACUACUACUCCUAAAAAAAGAUAUGUAUUGGAGUCCAUUUUGAUAGUAUGAGAAGACUAACAAGUUGCAAGAUUAGUUCCUAUUUGUGCUGAUUUUAAUAAACCCCAGUACAUUUAGUCAAACAGCAAGUUUUUAAUCAAUGGGUUGAUGGACCAAAAGUGGUGGGAGUUUCUAGUUUUGGUGCAACAAAGCUGCCACUUACAUUUCUUUUUAUUUUUUAUUUUUUUGUCACAAGAUUAUCUCCAUUCAUGUAUCAAAUCUUUUCACCUCUAAUCUUUUUAUUAAAGGUGCAAUUAAAGACGAUAGCGUUAACGGAUGCAUUUAUGGACUGAAAGUAGGGAAAGCUUGAACGCCGGUGCCUUCAGUAAACGUGGCUGAAAAGCUGA